AAUCUGCAAAUGCUUCAUCUGGAAUAUAACAAGAUGUCAGCGGUACCAACAAGGGAGCUCAUGGACAAACCGUAUCUAAAACAUCUUAGUCUGAGAGGAAAUCCGAUAAGGAUGGUGAAGGAAGGUUCUUUUCCUCAUCUGCAAAGUUUAGAGAUGCUUGAUCUUGGGGGCACAGCAAUCAGAAAUAUCGGUCAGCCAGCGUUUCGUCCACUUACAAACUUGAGAACACUUCUGUUGUCUGGUAGCUCCAGGUUGGUUCGACUGAAGAAGAAGUCACUGCUAGGCCUGACGAACUUGCGUUACUUGGACGUGACAAACUGUGCCCUAAGGGACAUCCAUCCGGACGUCUUCCGGGACACGAAGAACAUUUACCGGGUGGCUUUCGCGGACAACCCGUUCAUCUGCAGUGCCGCUAUUUGCCCCAUGGUUGACUGGAUCAACGAGAAACUACCCAACACAGACUUCAUGAACAUCGAGAGAGCGACGUGCGCUGAGCCCGAUUUCUUGCGUGGAAAGUCGUUGCUGACUUUACAGGGAGCACUCGGGCUCCCUUGUCGUAGCCGGCCUGCAAAUAUCGAAGAAUCUCGAAGCAUCGCAAUCGCAUUGGUCGAAUGUCCGAUCAGUUGCGCGUGUCAGGGGCAGUCGGUUGACUGCAAGAACAGAGGACUGCGCGAGAUUCUAACAACGUUUCCUGUCCAAACAAAGAGUCUGGAUUUAGGAAAUAACAUGAUUGGAUCCAUUCCACCUGGAACAUUUGUGAACCUGCCCAACUUAGAGCGGCUGAACCUCGAAAACAACGACCUUCGCGACGACAGUCUCGCAUCAGGGUCCUUCUACGGGCUCAGCCAACUGAAACAUUUGAACCUCUCCAACAACCAGUUUUCGUUAUUCCCAGAAGAGACUCAGUCUCUCGGGGAGACUCUCGAAGUGCUGGAUUUAUCGGGGAACAAGAUUUCGCGAGUGACACCAGAAACGUUCGCGGACUUUGAGAAUCUGCAGGUUCUCCACAUGAAGAAUAUGGGUCUGAGGAGACUGGAGAGAUCAUCACUUAAUGGUAUGAAGAACCUCACUACACUUCAUCUGGAUAGCAACAGGCUUACCAUCAUGCCUAACAAAGAAAUCCAACCACUCCGCUCACUGAAAAACCUGACAAUGAGAGGAAAUCCCGUCAAACACAUCUCCAAGAAGUCCUUGUACCACUUCCCUGCGGUAGAACAUCUCGACAUACGUGACAUGAGGUUGAGAAAACUAGGGAAAAGGAUCUUCAAUCAGCUACCUUCUCUCAAAACCCUCAAACUCUCCGGGAACGUCCAACUGUCGUCAGUUCACAGGACCUCUCUCGCCGCCCUGAAGAAUCUGCAACAUUUAGAGCUGGACAACUGCAACCUGACGACGCUGCCACGGGAGACACUGGAAGACUUAACCUCUCUCUCGUAUUGUACGCUUCAGUCGAAUCCGUGGAAAUGUAAAGGAUUGAAGUUUUGCGGCUUGUACGACUGGUUGGUGCGUGGUUCGGUCGAAGUUCCCUUCCAGGACGAAAUACAGUGUGGGUCCCCAGCUUCAGAAAGGUGGAGACCGUUGAGAAGUGUGUCGAUCAGUAAGAUUUGUGGUACCACUGACACAAAGCCAACCCAGGUUCCUGAGAUGCAGCCCACCACUCCUCAACUCAACGACACUGUGUGCCCGUCCAACUGCAGUUGUAGGGACGAUAACUCCGUGUACUGUAGCAACGCUGGCCUUAACGCCAUCCCAACCCCUCUAGCAGAAACCACGGCCAGCCUUUUCUUGGAUAAUAACAACAUCUCCGAACUCAACCCCUCUGAGUUUGAAGGGUUACCAAACUUGCAAGUACUAGACCUGACUACCAACUUGCUAACCUUUGACAGUAUUGACGACAUGACGUUUGCUCCCCUUACGAAGCUGAGGUACCUGUACUUGAGUAAGAACAAAUUUACCAGUAUCCCCAUGUACGUGCCUUCAUCGACGUACUAUCUGGACGUACAGGGGAACCAGAUAACUGGAGUCAGAGAGGAUGUACUGUCAGAACUAUUACGUAACGUCCCGUCACUGAACUGGAUCGCGUUGGAAAACAACCCAUGGCAUUGUGAUCCUGACGUCUGUACGUUGAGAAAGUUGUUUGACGCGGGAGCCAUAAGGCUACCGUACCCCGAAAAGAUGCUGUGCAGCACACCGCCCAAUCUGAAAAACCUGGCGGUGAUGGGGCCCUACAUCAAGCAGUUUUGUGAGACUGAUGGUUUCCCGUCUCCAGGUUCUGUGGAGGCGAAUGUUACUACAGUUACCACAACUCCAGCCACCACGACUGUGCCGACAGAAGUGACUACGAGGACGAAGGACUGUCCAUCGAUGUGCACAUGUACAUCCGAAGGUUACGUCAACUGUGCGAAUGCAGGCCUUACCAGUCCUCCUUCUAAGCUUCCCGCAAGAACCAGACACCUUAACCUUGCCCAGAACCUUAUCCGGUACAUCGGAAAGGAGGAUCUAAGAGAUUUGCCCGACCUUAAGGUGCUAGAGCUUCAAGGCAACGGCAUGACGAACAACGGUAUUGAAGACGGCUUCUUCGAGACACUUUCGUCACUAGAAUACCUCUUUCUGUCAGACAAUGAGCUUACCUCCGUGCCCGAAAAGCUACCACCUAAACUCUACUACCUGGAGUUACAUGCCAACCGCAUCACCGCACUCCCGAAUCGUAUUCUGUCACGGAUCUUUGAGAACCCCGCGAAGCUGCCGACCCUGACUCUUCACGAAAACCCGUGGACCUGUGACAGAAACCUGUGCAGACUGAUACAGUGGAUACACAGCGGGGCGGUACAUGUGCCAUACAGAGGGCGGAUCGUGUGCGACUCUCCUGAAGAGUUCCGAAGGACAAGACUGCUCAGGUGGGGCAUGACGACCAACUGCAACGACGAGCCUGUGGAAACUACAACCGUCACUUUAACAACGACAGACGUAGAUGCAGACAUCAUUCCUAGUUGUCCAACUGGCUGCCUCUGCAACGUCGCAGAUGGCUUCGUGGAUUGCAGCGGCAUUGGGCUUAGAAAGUUCCCGAGCAACAUUCCACCGGGCACGAGACAUCUAUCUCUCGCGGACAAUUACUUAGAGGAAAUAUCUGCACAGUCAGUUGCUCACUUACAAGGAGUCGAAGUCCUGGACAUAAAGAACAAUCUGAUUACUCUUAACGGGUUGUCUGAAGCGCCUUUCUCUGAACUCAUCGGGCUGAAAUUUCUGGUCCUCACGAACAACAGACUGACGCAGAUUCCGUCACCGGACACUUUACCUGAUAGUUUGAAAGUGCUUCACCUUGACAACAAUUACAUUUUAAGCAUACCUCCGGAGCGAUUCCGAGCUUUGUCAAAAGGCCUUCCUUCCUUGGGAACCCUGUCCUUGCGCGGUAACCCAUACCGAUGUAACCGGCAGUUCUGCGAGCUGUACACCGCCUUGUUAGCCAGUCGCACCAUCACCAUCCCCUUCACUGAUCGUAUCGCGUGUUACGAAUCCCGUAGUCAAGGUGAACCUUUCAUGGCAGAGGCUUUUUGCAGCACGCUUGAUAAAGACGAAAGCGAAUCAAAUCCAACUACUCCAACAAUACCGUUUGAGCCGUACCCAACCUACCCCUCUAUAGUAGUAGUCGACAACGCCGACGCUGGUAUCGAACAGCCCGGACCGACUGUACCCGCAUGUCCGGACGCGUACCCAGCCUCAAAAACUGCCUGUCCAAAACGCUGUAGAUGCACGCAUCAAGUCAUAGACUGCAUCAGAACAGAGAUGGAGAAAAUCCCGGUGAACCUUUUUGCUGACACGAGAAAUCUCUUCCUUGAAGCCAACCGGAUUCAGGCGGUUCCAUCCUGUACGUUCUGGGGGCUGCCGAAUCUUCAGCUGCUGGAUCUACACGGCAAUACUCUGAAAAACGAAGGUCUCGAUCAAGGGUCAUUCCUUGGAAUACGAAAUCUCACCUACAUUUACUUGUCCAACAACCUGAUCUCGAGUGUGCCGGCUCAUCUUCCAACCACAUUGCUCUAUCUUUAUCUUAACCAUAACCACAUUUCAAUGAUACCGACAGGUAUCUUUGAUCGACAUGGCAAACUACGGCGACUGUACAUUGAACAUAAUUUGCUAAGAGACAGCGGUAUCGAAACCAACUCUUUCCAAGGAUUACGUUCACUUCGCUUCCUCAGCCUCGCCGGUAACCGACUUCUAUUCGUACCAAAGAACAUGCCACAGAGUCUCACUCACCUUGUAUUAGACGAUAACAAGAUAGACUUCUUGCCUCCAAAGUGUUUCCAAGGCCUACACAAACUACAACUGUUGUCCCUCAACAACAACAGCCUACCGGAUCAUGGAAUCCACUCAGGGUCGUAUGCCGGUUUGCACAAGCUGACUCGGCUGUAUUUGUCCAACAACUCACUCAAAUCCGUGCCAUACGGACUUCCAAAGACCCUGGAGGAUCUCAACCUCGACAGAAAUUCGAUCUCAAUUCUAGACCGAUCGAAGCUGAAGAGUUUAGAAAACUUGUUGAAGCUGUCUCUUGCGUGGAACAACGUCACCCUCCGCGGCAUCCCGCCCAAGAUAUUCGACGACCUCCGCGAAAUAACCCACUUGGACCUGGACGGAAACCACAUCGAGAGCGUCCCUGAAUAUCUCCCACGAAAGCUGGAGAUCUUGAAACUUUCAAACAACCUCAUAUCCAUGAUUCCCAACAACGUCUUCCACAUCACACCUAAGAUCACCGAGAUCCACCUAGCUAACAACAGUCUAAGUAACUUCGCAGUUCCACAGCAGGUGUUCUACAACUUGGAUGAUCUGACCACUUUGGAUUUGUCCGGGAAUUACCUGAACACCGUGCCAAGCGAGCUACCUGGAAACUUACGGUACCUUUUCCUACAACAAAACUACAUCACAGACGUGAAGGCAGAUAUGUCUCACAUGGGCAAGCUGCAAUGGCUCGUUCUCGGUAACAACAGGCUGACAAGCCGAUACUUCCCACAUCAGAUAUUCUCCCAUCUUGGUGAACUCAAACAUCUGGAUCUUUCACACAAUUAUCUGGAAGAGGUUCCGCCAAAUCUACCGAGAAGUUUGGAAUUUCUGUAUCUGAACAAUAACGGUAUUGAGACUAUUCAGGAGGACACAUUCAUGGGGCUACCGUUUUUAAAGGCUCUGGACUUAAGUAACAACUACCUGGCUGAAAGUAGAAUAGCUUCAGGGUCACUGAGACGGUUGUCUGCUCUCAGGUCGUUAAAUCUCUCCGAAAAUGACUUCAGGAAGCCGCUAGCUAAAACGGAGUUACCCUAUAAUUUACAGGAGUAUAACCCUUAGAUCCAAAACGACUUCAAUAAAAUCUACCGGCUACGAUUCUAUUGAAAUCUUCUGCAUCUAAGGAUAUUGCUCCGGGAUGGUCAUCAAUAAAUGGAGUUUGACAACACUUUUAAUUUCUGAUUAUGAAACAUAAGUAGAUUUAUACUAAGUGAUGUAAUCAAUGGAAGUAUCUUAGAGAGUGACCACAAGAAAUGUUAAGUUUUCAACCCAUUCUAUUGAUGACCAUUAUUGAAAGAAGUCCGUUGUAUAAAUCAAUACAUUAAGUUUGUGGUAUUAAACAUCAGAUAUCUCACUUGGUCUUUCCAUUCUCAGCACUUCCCCAUCUUUUAUUGAGGGAGGGCAUUAUAAAUUGUAAUAUCAGGUAAUCAUCUGAGAUUUAAAGGCUGGUACUUUGGCUAACUGUUUUCAUGCCUUGUGUGUUUUCUUGUUGCCUAAUUACUCGACAAAUUUGUAAACAUGGCCUUUUCACACCCUUUCUAUCCGUCAUCAAAUUGACAUUGACACGGAUAUGUAUGCAAGUGCAUUUAUAAGGAAGACAAAAUGGUGCAGAGGCUUA